AUGAAGACAAAAACGAACUGUUUCGUUUUGUACGGUUCCUUCCUUAAUAAGCCUCCCGCUGAAGAGUUUAUGGAGCAGCUGAGGCCUAUUUUUGAGGCUCUGCGUCAACGGGAGGAGCUUCCGUGUUCGUAUCCUCUGCACGUCGGUUCAACACAUGGCACUAAGCAGGCGUUCAUAUACGGCCACUCAAGAUCUCAAGGUUCCACGACGCCGGGGGCGCACCACUAUAGCCACCACCAUGGCUAUCAGCCCUCUCCAGGAUAUCAUUGGGUAAGAGAACGUACAGCUCGUUCUGUACCUAUGUCUGCGGGAGGAGUAGCAGGCAGAGCGUCAAGGUCCUCCCUAAGUGCUGGUACACCUGAUUCCCUCAGCGACAAUGAAGCAGCAAGCGGUCUUGGAGCGAGAUAUAAGAAGUCAAGCGUACCAAGGUCAACAUUAACACCCGGAGGAUCUCGACCAGGUUCUAGGCCUGGCUCACGAGCCGGGUCCAAACCACCUUCAAGACAUGGAUCCAAUCUCUCGUUAGAUAGUACCGAUGACGUUUCAACGCCAUCUCGCAUCCCGAUGCGUAGAGUGACGAACACAAAGACAUCAAUAGCACGGGCGGCUGCUAACGCCAACAAACUUGGUGUGACCACACCAAACGGCGGAUCGCGGCCCCGCACACCAACUGGAUUUUUAACCCCAGCUAGUGGAAGCUCGACACAUUCCCAGCCAUCAUCAAUGGCAUCCGAACAUCCCAAAUCCUUAUCCCAUACUCAUCCAGCAUUCCAAACCCAAGGUUCCACUAAAAUUCCAGUUUACGUUGGUAACCGCUCUCACCGGUCCCCAUCUGUUGAGAGGCGAUUGAAAAUAUCCAGAAAAUCGCACUCUAGAGAAACUUCCCAAGAACCUAGUCCCACUUCCCAAGGCCCCUCGAGGAAAUCAGAGCAGAGAAGCCCUGAAGACGACUCCUCACUAUUCAGCAUAUCGGGAAUGACGAGCGACAAUGAAUAUGAGAGUAAUAUAAGCGAGUCGAGCGGCGAAGCGUCAAAGCCGACCCAGCGCGACGUUAAAGGGCAAAGGACACCAUCGGGGAGUACAACGCCUGUCCGGUCAGGUCAACAGACCGCAGUGACCAGGCUGUUAAGGAAGCAGUCAGACGCAUCAGACUCAGGCACCCCGACCACGCCCGCCUCACGACGCGGGACUCCGGCUUCAUCUCGAACUACGGAGAAACGCGAACCAUUCCGACAUUAGACGAUGAAUAUUAUAUGAAACCCCAGAUAUUUAAUAAUUUUGAAUAUAUCACGAUUGUUAAGUUGGGGACAUCACCUAAGCUAUGCAAGUCGCUCUGACGUUAUGCUAUACAAUUUAAAUCAAGUUUAAUCAAUUGCCAAAAUUAUUAUAUAGCCCACCUUUGAAAACAUUACCACGACAGAGCGGCUCGCAUGCCUAGGCAAGUGCCGACGUAACAUUUAAUAACUAACAUAAAAUUAACCAACGCGCGAAUUAAGCCAAGCUUAAUAAAAAAUAUGCCAAUAUGGCUUUUAAUUUAAGUGAGAACAAUUUAUAGAUAAUGGUAUUAGUAAAACUUAAAGUCUGCACUUGUUGCCUUGUAUUUUUUUCUAAAAUCCGCGCCAGUUUUUGCACUUCGUAAUUACUCGUUUUAUUUAUUUGUGCUGUCAAGAACUACAGGACUUGUUUGUUCAUUAGUCGAUGUGAAUAAAAUACUUUCUCUUAUUUAUUGUCAACGUUGCCAUAAUUGUUAGUGUACCUAUGUUUUUUGUAUGUAAAAUGCGUAUUAUUGUCUCUAUACAGAGACUCGUAAAGUGUGAUGACGAUUUUAAUAUUGUUUUCUUUAGGGACCAUUUGGUUUAACGGAUUAAUGAAGAUAGGUGAUUGCUGGCCAUGGCUUUUAAACUGUCGUAUUCUUGCGUAUAUAUUCGCCAGAUAUACGUGUAGAUAGACUGUCUCAAAGCUUUUGUCUGCAAUUUGUUAAGGUGAUAAUAGAAUACUUUUCUUUUGUAAUGCACAAUUAUGUGUUUCCCUUUUAUAUUUUUAAGCCUUAAUUGUCAUUAGACAAGAUUUUUGAUUUGUUAAUUCUGUUUUAUACACUUCUGUAUAUAAUUUAUGUAUGAAUCACAACUGCACAAUCUCGUUGAGAAUUUAAUUUGACAGAUAAUUAAAAAUCAUGCCCGGCUAUCGCCAGAGCCGGAUGUGAUUGACGUUUUUUAUAAAAAAUCAAAAAUCUAAUCAUGAUGACGUAUAUAUGUAUAAGUACAUCAAGUACACUGUCGCAAAAGACAUUGUUUAAUAAAUUGCUAAGAAUAUUUUGAUAUUUAUUGAAAUAAUUGCUUUAAAAUGUAACCUCUUUCAAAAUGUUAACCAUCGCUCACCAUUUAUUUGUAAGUUUUUUAAUAUAAAUCUGUCCCUGUUAUUAAGCUUAAUUAUUAUUAUUACGAAAAAUUAUUAAUCUGGUCAUUUUUUAUUUAAAUCAUUGUUAUAUUUGUUAUGUAAAAUCGUGGCAAAUCUACUAAAAGGCUUAUGAUAUUUUUUGUAUAAAGGAUAUCUUUGCAUUACAUCCGUUUAAAAUCUCAU